AUGCACCUGGUCCUGCGCCUGCGAGGUGGCAUGCAGAUCUUCGUGAAGACCCUGACUGGCAAGACCAUCACCCUGGUGGUUGAGCCCAGUGACACCAUCGAGAAUGUCAAGGCCAAGAUCCAGGAUAAGGAAGGCAUCCCUCCUGACCAGCAGAGGCUUAUCUUUGCAGGCAAGCAGCUGAAAGAUGGCCGCAUCCAGAAGGAGUCCACCCUGCACCUGGUCCUCCGUCUUAGGGGUGGCUAUUAAUUCCUCUUAUUGCCUAGUGCUGGUAUUACUCAACCACAGCAUUUGCCCACACCAAUUUAAGUUUAGAAGUUACCAGCUUCAAUAAUGGCUGAAUCUGUUCAAAAUACUAAUAAAGGUUUUGUUGCAUGAU